GUGAUAGGUGGGACCAAGCGAUAACCGCGUAAGUCGAAUUCGAAUAACUUCUAACUGAUGAACUGUCUAAUUGAUAGUUCAUCAGUUAGCAGCAGUUGCAGGUUCAAGUCCUGCUCUGAGUUGAUCCUUUUCUCCAGGACCUUCUAAAUUAAUUAAUAAAUAUUAAUUUAAUAAGAUAUGGUGCCUAACACCUACCUCCUUGGCCAAAUUACUUAGCAUUUAAUUAUAACUAUAUCACAUCUACUGUUAAUAUCUAAUUCAGCAAUCAUUUGGCUUCAAAAACAUUAAUAUUUAAAAAGCAAGAUUUCUCAUUUGUAGAAGCAAAUGCUAUCUUAUUUUGACACUUUGCAAAUUAUAGCGAAAUAUGAGUAGUUUAUUUGUCAGAUUGUACUUUUUUAAAAUUAUUUUAUGUGGAUGUUUAUACAGUAUUUGAUAACUUAAAGAAUGUAAUUACAUGUUUCUAAUUUAAAAAUCUAUUGUAAAAUUUACAAAAAAAUAAAUGUUUCUGUUCAUUGCUAAUCAACUAUUGUUAUUUUUUAAUUGACAGAUAGUUGAAAAUGUUAAAAUGGAAGAAAUACCAGAAUGGUUUCAUGAAUGCAAAUUCAAUUAUGCUGAAAAUUUAUUACAAUUUAAGGACAAUCGGAUAGCAUUAUAUUUAACAGGAGAGAGACAGAAAGAAGUAAAGACAGUUACUUAUUUUGAAUUAAAUCAGAAAGUAGCUCUCUAUGCUUCUGCUUUGAAGUAUCUUGGAAUUAGAAAAGGAGAUUGUGUUGUAGGUUAUCUGCCAAAUGGAGAAGAAGCUGUUGAGGCAAUGUUAGCUGCAUCCAGUAUAGGUGCUAUAUGGAGUUCAACUUCUCCUGAUUUUGGAAUUUCUAGUGUUUUAGACAGAUUUCGGCAAAUACAGCCUAAAGUAAUCUUUUCUGUAGAUAAAGUUGUGUACAACAGAAAAGUACAUAACCAUUUGGAAAAAUUACAUGAAGUUGUUUUAGGUCUCCCAUUGUUAAAAAAAGUGGUUAUUGUUCCUUUUGAUAUUCAAAAUAAAAAUGAAAUAGCAAAAAUCCCAAAAAGUUGUUUCCUGGAUGAAUUUCUUGAAACAGGCAAAGAUGAAAAAGGAAAUGUGCCAGAAUUAGAAUUUGUACAGCUUCCUUUUAAUCAUCCUCUCUUCAUUUUGUAUUCUUCAGGUACAACUGGAGUGCCAAAAUGCAUUGUACAUUCUUCUGGUGGAACUUUAAUACAACAUCUAAAAGAACAUUUACUUCAUGGAAACAUGUCACGUUCAGAUGUUAUUAUGUAUUAUACAACGACAGGUUGGAUGAUGUGGAAUUGGUUGAUAUCCUGUUUAGCAAUUGGUUGCUCUGUUGUACUCUAUGAUGGUUCACCAUUUGUUCCCCAUGAUGCAAUAAUUUGGGAUUUAGUCGAUUUAAUUGGUAUCACUAUUUUGGGAACAAGUGCAAAGGGGUUAGCUGUCAUGGAAAGUAAAGGAAUUAAGCCAAAGUUCACUCAUAGUUUGGAAUCUCUUCAUACAAUUUUGUCUACUGGUUCUCCAUUAAAACCUCAAUCAUAUAAUUAUACAUAUUCUUGUGUAAAAGAGGAUUUGCUUUUGGGGUCCAUUACAGGUGGUUCUGAUAUAAUUUCCUGUUUUGCUGGUCAAAAUCCAAUGCUUCCAGUUCAUGAAGGUGAAAUACAAUCUCCAAAUUUAGGAAUGGCAAUAGAAUGUUGGGAUGAAACAGGAAAACCAGUUAUUGGUGAGAAAGGUGAAUUAGUGUGUAUAUCUCCUUUUCCUUCAAUGCCAAUUUAUUUUUGGAAUGAUAAAAAUGGAGAAAAAUAUCAAAAAGCAUAUUUCCAUAAAUUUCCAGGUGUGUGGACUCAUGGUGAUUUUUGUAUGAUAAAUCCUGUUACCAAAGGAAUUUACAUGCUAGGUCGAAGCGAUGGAACACUGAAUCCAAAUGGAAUUAGAUUUGGAAGUUCAGAAAUAUAUAAUAUAGUUGAAUCUUUCAAGGAGAUUCAAGACAGUGUAUGUGUAUCACAGUAUAACAAACUGCAAGAAGAAAGAGUUGUUUUGUUCUUAAAAUUAGCAAUGGAUCACUCAUUAACAACAGAACUGAUAGAAAGGGUCAAGUUAGCAAUUAGGAGAGAACUCUCUGCACGUCAUGUUCCUGCUGUAAUUCUAGAAACCAAAGCAAUUCCUUAUACAAUUAACGGGAAAAAAGUUGAAGUGGCCGUAAAGAAGGCAAUUUGUGGUGAAGAAGUUUUGAACAAGGACUCUCUUGCCAAUCCAGAAUGUGUUGAUUUUUAUUAUAACAUACCAGAACUUAAUGGUUUUUGAAAUAAUUUUUUUAUUUCUGUUUACCAAUUUAAAAACACGACAAAUUGAGUUUU